GUAUUAACUGAAAAUUACAAAGAACUGUGUGAAUAACAAUUCAGUGGAUAACAUAAGGAAAGAGCAUUUAUUUCAGAAGACAGGUGUCUGCCAAGGAAGGGGGGAACCUCCAUGGGAAAGGAAAAUACAGCCCCCUUCCUUCCAAAUUAUUAUAACUUUGAAAUGAAGGGGCUUUCAGGCAAGAAUAACAGUUCUUUACUAGUUUGUAUGUAUAACAAGGCAAACAAACAGCAGCAACAAGAAACAAAACCAGAAAUCCAGUAACAGCCUUCUCUUGGCUAUCAGGCACCUUCCCCUUGGAGAGUGUAUAAAAGAUUUCCUCAGUGUGGAGACAUUCACAUUGAGAGGCUUCUCUAGAAUUGAGAGAAAUUAGGAGAUUCUCUGCACACCACUGUCAUGUGUUGCUCAGCUUAUGAUACCAAAACAAGACAGAAGGUGGCAGUGAAAAAGCUCUCAAGACCUUUUCAAUCACUUAUCCAUGCCCGGAGGACCUACCGGGAGCUUCGGCUGCUUAAGCACAUGAAGCACGAGAACGUUAUAGGACUGCUUGAUGUUUUUACUCCUGCAACAUCAAUAGAAAACUUUAACGAAGUAUAUCUUGUGACAAAUUUAAUGGGUGCUGACCUGAAUAACAUUGUGAAGUGCCAGAAGUUAACAGAUGAUCAUAUACAGUUUCUCAUCUAUCAGUUACUUCGAGGUCUUAAGUAUAUUCACUCAGCUGGAAUCAUCCAUCGGGACCUGAAGCCCAGUAACCUAGCUGUGAAUGAAGACUGUGAAUUGAGGAUUUUAGACUUUGGUUUAGCUCGUCAAACUGAUGAUGAAAUGACUGGAUAUGUUGCAACAAGAUGGUACAGAGCUCCAGAAAUUAUGUUAAACUGGAUGCACUACAAUCAAACAGUUGACAUAUGGUCGGUUGGAUGUAUCAUGGCAGAGCUAUUGAAGGGAAAGGCUCUAUUUCCAGGAAAUGAUUAUAUUGAUCAACUGAAGAGAAUAAUGGAAGUUGUGGGCACACCCAGUUCGGAGCUUCUGAAGAAGAUAUCAUCAGAACAUGCAAGAAAAUACAUCGAAUCUCUUCCACAUAUGCCUCAGCAGGAUUUGAAAGCAGUGUUUCGUGGUGCCAAUCCAUUAGCUGUAGACCUUCUUGAGAAGAUGCUGAUUUUGGACAGCGAUAAGAGGAUCACUGCGUCGGAAGCGCUCGCGCAUCCCUACUUCGUGCAGUACCACGACCCGGAUGAUGAACCCGAGGCCGAGCUCUACGACGAGUCCAUAGAGAACAAGGAGCGAACCAUCGAUGAAUGGAAAGAACUUACCUAUGAAGAAGUGAAUAGCUUUAAACCACCCGACCUAAAAAUGGACAGCCUGGAGAUAGAACAGUGAAUACAGGCAGCUCUGUCUUGCCUUGCUGCACUAUGAAGACUGUUAAAAUAUAACCAUACAAUUUAACCUGUGGUCAGACAUAGAUUUUACUAUCCAAAGAUGUUGGAGGAGAUGUGGAAAAACAGAUGCAUUAAACAGAAGCCAGAUGUCUGGUUUGGGUGGGGGUGUCUUUUGCCUUGUAAUAUGAAUGUAUUCCCAAUUCACAAAGGCUGGUAAAGAACUGCUUCAUUCUGAAAAAAUUAUGCACUGAGUUCUGUCAAGCUAUGUGUUCUGCAUGUUUCAUUUUAUCAGUUGUAUUGCCAAAAUAAAGGUGACCUUUUAAAUUAAUUUUAAAAUUGUACAUUUAAAGCAUGAAUGUAUACAAACAUAAACAAGAAGUCCAUACAAGCAAUCUUUUUUUUUUUUUUGGUGGCAUUUUAUCUGUCUGUUUUCGUACUAUUUAUAGUUAGUGCCUUUAUGAAGAGAGGGCGUGGUAGUGAGAUAGACAGAAUAUGCAUAUGUAGUCAUACCUGUGGUGGUCUUACACAUGUACUGGAUGUCUCUCAAGCAAUCUUAACACCAGUUGAAAGUCAGUAAAAAUAAAUCUUUCUCUUCUCUUGCCAUUCAAGUGUGUGUUCUCAUUAUUUUCCACAUCUAUUUUUCAAUCUGCACAAUACCCAUUUGUGAGACAGUUUUCCUUCCCGGUGUAUUCCUCACCAUGCCAUUGCUGGACUGUUGGUGAAUUUGCCUGGGUUUGCAGGAAGGUGCCUUGAAGGUACUGCAGCAGAGCUCUGUAGACUUCUGCAAGCUUCAGCAAAGGCUGUCACAGAUGGCAGUGCACGAGUGCUCAGUUCAGUUCACAGCUUUGAAUUAAAUAUUCCACAUUGUCUUAUUUUUUUUCACAAAAUCCUUGGGAAAGUCAUUGGAAAUAAUUGCCAUUGGAAGACAUGACAAAACAAGGAGAGUCAAGAAUUUGAUGCAUUCUCAUUGGAGUUUCUUUUUAAGCAAAAUUUUAAGGAUUUUCUGACUCUGAAAACUUGGAAAAUUAAAUUUAAAAAUUGCAGGAUACAUCAGAUACCGAGAUUUUUUAAAGACUCAAAUUUAUCUGAUUCCUCCAUUAUACUGUAUACAGGAACAUAAUAUGCAUAAUACUGUGACAGGAAUAUCCUUUUGGCACAAGGCCUCUUGUAUUGUGUUAGCUGUGUCUUUGUACACACUUGUGAUUCACAGCUGUUUAAUGUUUAAUUUGUGUGUUGUUCUUGCUCUGUCAAAGUCUUAUUUUAGAGGUGGCUUUUUAUAAUAUUUAGGUUUUCUGAAACUUUGUCGUUAAUAUUCAAUUGUAUAGCAGUUAUAUAAGGUAAUGGAUUCUACUGCAUUUACUUUCCUCUGUAUUUUUUCUAUGUAAAAAG